AUGCCCGAAGAGCGCGGUGAUCGCUAUCCGCCUUGGCACGAGGAAAUGUCCGCGUCUCUGUGCGAUGAAUUUUUCCGGAAAGAGGAGGAGAAUAGAAUUCGUGUUAUGGGUGAGAAGAAGCAUUUUUGUAAGUCCCCCCCACCUACUCACUACCUGUGGCUUUGGGGAAUGACAUUCUCAUUGUCACUCACUUACGGUAACGAUUUGUCAGACCUGGAUACUGUUGUAACUCAUCCGGAUUAUCAGCGUCGUGGUGCUGGGUCUAUGCUCGUUGGAUGGGGUUGUGAUCUUGCGGAUUUACAGGGCGUUCUAGCUUAUGUUGAUGCUAGUAAAGAGGGUGCGCCGCUUUAUGCUAAGUUUGGGUUUGUGGAUUAUAGCAUGCCCGGUGAAGAGAUUGCUUCGAUGGCGCGUAUGGUGGGCAAACAGCCAUAUGCCUGA